CCCGGGCGGGCGAUACGAACAGGCGCGUCGCCCGGUAUAAAGACAGCGAGAGCUCCCGAGGACGGCCGACCUCACACGGAGACCGCCAUGAAGAGCUCUGUCUCGCUGUACGUCCUCGCGACGUGCCUGGCGGCCAUUACGGCGGCGCAGUGCGGGCUAGCGGAUGCUGGCGCCGCACUCAACUUCAACUCCGUGGUGGACAGAGUGGUCGCCGCCAUUCGGCAGAACGUCUCUGCCUACAAGCUGAAUCCCUACCACAUCAAUGACGUCAACGAGACCUUCGACUUUGCGCAGCAGCACGGACGGCUCUACAGCUACCACGGCCGGCUGCACGGCAUAGAGUCCCUCUACAGGAAGGGCGACGCAGAGGUCGCCUCGCAGGACGGACUGGCCACCGUCACCGCCUCGCUGGGGUUCAGGGAGCUGACGUACGCGCUGGACUUCCGCGCGGACGUGGGCGACCUGGGGGGCCCGGGGAAGGUGCGCGGGGACAUCAGGCUCCUGAACGUGGACAUCGCUCUGCUCGCCGACGUCAGCAACUCCUCCGACGUCACGGCCGCCCUGCGGAGCUUCCGGCCGUCCGGCGAGUGGGAGGUGACCUUCGACUUCGAGGACACGCCGAUGGCCACGAAGCUGCUGGAGGCCCUCGUGUACCCGAUCACGGCCCACGUCAAGGUCACGCUGUCCGACGUGCUGGGACACGAGGUCGCCGACAUAGCCAACUCCACCAUCCGUCAGUUGCGCGUCGACAUGAGCCGACCCUAGCUCGCCGGCUCCACAGAGGCCCGUAAGCCGUCACCAGGAGCAGCGACUUUCUGCCGCUGAAGCUGGACUCAACGAUGAUCCGUCAACCACGUGACAUUCAGCCAAUCAGACGGCCCGAUAAAAAAAAACUCCACCCCGACCGUCCGUCGAAACAUCGCCAGGGCUUCAACUUUCGACGGCGAACAGAAGAAAUUGUAAUCCCAAAAAAUGUCUGAAAGGCAUCGUCUUUAUUUUAAAAGGUUUAUCAUGUUCCUAACUUGCCUGUGAACAUGUUUCGAGUUUUGAUAUUCGAAACAAUCAAUUGUCUGAGACACAAAAGUAGCUAAUGAUGCACAGUAACUCAAAAAUAUAUAUUUAAAAAAAUAUAUUUUGGUGUUUGUUUUAUCGUUUUGUAACGCCCCUCGUGCCCUAAAAUUAUAUUAUUUUAAAUUAACAAAAAAAAAACCUUGCAAACUGCUGGAAUCAAAAAUAUUAAGCAAUUUAAAGUUAUUCACCAGAGGUGGCACGAGGUGGAGAACAAGACAAUUUGGAACUCCCUACACACAAGCAACUUGGGAGCUAGUGGAUCGUUAAAGAUAAGAAGGUAUGUGAUAAAUAAAUACACUACAUAAGUAGUUUGGUCUAUA